ACGUCACCCCUCGCAGCAGAUUAGGCGGAAGUUGCACGGCCAGCAGGCAGCUAUCAUCUUAGCCGAAAGCCGCCUGCUGCUGCAAAAACAAGUUCAUCCUUUCUCGCUCAAAGCGUAUCCAGCUGAAGGUUCGGUUAGUCACCGGGGGAACAUGGACGAGGACGUGCUGACCACCCUGAAGCUGCUGAUAAUUGGAGAAAGUGGAGUGGGAAAGUCCAGCCUUCUUCUGAGAUUCACAGACGAUACCUUUGACCCAGAGCAGUCAGCCACUAUAGGUGUGGACUUCAAAGUGAAGACCCUCGCAAUUGAAGGAAACAAAGCAAAACUAGCCAUUUGGGACACGGCUGGACAGGAAAGGUUUCGCACACUGACACCCAGCUACUACCGCGGUGCACAGGGAGUCAUACUUGUAUACGAUGUAACAAGGCGCGACUCUUUUACGAAGCUUGAAAACUGGCUGAACGAACUGGAAACGUACACGACACGCAACGACAUUGUCAAAAUGCUGGUUGGCAACAAAAUCGAUAAGGAUGACCGUGAAGUGGACAGAAAUGAAGGACUGAAAUUUGCCAGGAAACACUCUAUGCUUUUUAUUGAGGCCAGUGCAAAGACCAAAGAUGGCGUCCAGUGUGCCUUCGAGGAGCUAGUGGAGAAGAUACUCCAGACUCCGGGGCUCUGGGAGAGUGACAACCAGGGUCAGAAGGUCCAGCUGGGGCACCAGGAGCAGGGCAGGGGAAGGGCGUGUGGAGGAUACUGUUCCAUACCCUGAAACUUGAUGAAAUGACAAAAGCAGCGACCUGACGGGAGUAACUACGGACCAGAGUUAUGGAGCUAAAGAGGGGCGGAAGGAAAAAAAGAAGUACAUUGUUGGCGUUCUGUUAUCUGAACGAACUCUGCAGUUUUGCACAAUUACUGUUCAACCAUCAUCACUUAUUUGACUUUAUCAUGUUUAGUUAGCGAGUGAAAAUGUCUGCAGUAAUCAUGUUUUGGUCAGUGGUGGUAUAGUGUUUUAAGAUGAACAAACAUGCCAAGGAUGUCACAGCAGUACACCUCCGGGUUGAAUUUAGAUUAUUAGCAACAGUAACUCAGUUGGACAGUAUGGCAUUACAUUACCAGCAUUGUGCCUGUAACAUAAUCAGAUUUGAAGGAUGCGAUAGCUGACUUUCCAGAUUUUAUUCUAAACAAUUUUGGGAAAAAAAACAAAAAUCCUCUUUGAUGUUUUAUGGGCUCCAAAUUUGCAACUUUUAAACAGCUUGAAAUGAGGAUGUUUGGGAGAAGAUGCUAAUAUGCUGAGUGAGAGCUGACGAAGGCUUUUAUGACACAACACUGUGAACGUUCUCAAACAAACGUUAAACAAUGGAGCCCAGUUACUGACAGUUUUUCUUUUUUACCCCCAUGUCUUUACACUUCCACCUCUACAAAGGAUGCCCCCUUACUGGCUGAUUCAUCCUCCUUACUCUAAUUUAGUAGAAUUACUUGCCCCUGUUGUCUGGUUUAAUUUAAUCUCUGUUAAUUUUUAGUUUUGCAGUGCUUCCUUUGUAAUUACCAUCUGUGACCCAUAGAAAGAGAACAUUCCCAAGCACUUUUUUUCUCAAUAUCUUCAUGUAUUGGAAUUCCAUCUUUUAUGCGGACACAAUUACUUUAUUAUUCCUAGUUGCUGUUAUCUGGGGAAACUUUGGUCUUCUUUUUUACUGUUGCCUUGUUAUGCUUUUCAGUCAUGUGCUGUCACAUGUCAGUCUGAAACCUGCCUUAACACUAAGAGAGUUGCAGUCCAGUAGUGUUUGAUUUGUUUUGAGUUUAAAUAAAUGGAAACCUGAAGAUGGGAA